CCGUGCUCUAUCUAGCACCCCCUCACCGCGCCCAACGGCUGAGCUGAAAAUGGCCGCGAACUUGGAGGCAGAAGAACGCUACAGCCCCAGCGCUGACCUCGAAAAGGUUGAGCCAAAGGAGGAGGAGGCCGUCCAGGUCGUCGAGGCUCUCGAGGCCAACUUUGACGACCCGAACAUCGACCACAACGAGGCCAUUGCUGGGAUCCUCGAGGACGACUCCCCGUACCCUGAGGUUCGCUCUGCCGUUGCGAACACGGAUGACCCCGAGAUUCCUUGCUCUACUCUGCGCGCCUGGAUUAUGGGCGUCAUAUGGGCCAUGAUCAUCCCCGGUCUUAACCAGUUCUUCUUCUUCCGAUACCCGUCCGUCAACAUUUCCAGCUUGGCCGCCCAGCUCCUUUCCUUCCCUCUUGGUCGCCUUUGGGCCGCUGUGAUGCCGAACGUGCGGAUCUUCGGUCAUUCGCUCAACCCCGGUCCCUUCACCAUUAAGGAGCACGUCCUGGUGACGAUCAUGGCUACCGUCGGUGGCCCUUCUGCGUAUGCUACCGACAUUGUCGCUGUGCAACGCGUGUAUUAUAAUCAGAUUUACAAUUUCGGCUACCAAUGGAUGCUGGUUAUGUCCACCCAGCUGAUUGGCUUGUCCAUGGGAGGUAUCCUCCGCCGCUUCCUCGUCUCGCCGCCGUCUAUGAUCUGGCCUAUCAACCUGGUAACGUGCGCGCUCUUCAAUACCCUGCACUCGCAGCAAUACGCCGGUAUCGGUAACCGCGGCGGUCUCUCUCGCGAACGCUUCUUCUUCUACGUCUGGCUUGGCGGCGUGCUGUGGUACUUCCUCCCUGGCUACCUCUUCCAGGGACUCUCCUACUUCUCCUGGGUCUGCUGGAUCGCGCCGAACAACAUCCCGCUCAACCAGAUGUUCGGCUACGAGAGCGGCCUGGGCAUGAGCAUGAUCACGUUUGACUGGUCCCAGAUCACGUACAUCGGAAGUCCACUCGCCGCCCCCUGGUGGGCCGAGGCCAAUGUCUUUGGUGGCUUCGUGUUCUUCUUCUGGAUCAUCACUCCUGCCUUAUAUUACUCGAACACCUGGUACUCCAAGUAUAUGCCUAUUUCGUCUCGUACUUCCUUCGACAACACUGGCGCCGAGUAUGAUAUCUCCAAGAUUCUCACUCCUCAGUCGACCCUCAAUCUAACGGCCUACGAAGCAUAUAGUCCCCUGUUCCUUUCCACGACCUUCGCUCUUUCUUACGGUCUCUCCUUCGCUUCCAUGACCGCCACGAUCACCCAUGCUAUCUUCUUCUUCCGCAAGCAGAUCUGGACUCAGGCCCGCCGCUCGCUCGACGAGCAGCCUGAUAUUCAUGCUCGUCUCAUGUCCCGCUACAAACAGAUUCCUGAGUGGUGGUAUGCCACGAUCUUCGUGGCUAUGUUUGUCAUGGGCGUGGUCUCCAUUGAGGUCUGGCACACCGAGUUCCCAGUUUGGGGCUUCGUUCUUUCGCUGUGCAUCUCCUUCUUCUACAUCAUCCCCCUCGGUAUGAUCCAGGCCAUCACAAACCAGCAGAUCGGUUUGAAUGUCAUCACCGAACUCGUUGUCGGCUACGCCCUCCCCGGCCGCCCGAUCGCGAUGAUGAUGUUCAAGACGUACGGUUACAUCACCAUGUACCAGGCGCUGCAGUUCGUCGCCGACUUCAAGCUCGGCCACUACAUGAAGAUUCCGCCACGCUCAAUGUUCUGGUGCCAGUUGUUCGCGACCGUCAUUGCGGGUACGGUGCAGCUUGGCGUACAGGCGUGGAUGUUCACCAACAUCACGGACAUGUGCAGCCCUAAGCAGCCGGACGGUUUCAUUUGCCCGUCGACUGAGGUGUUCGGCACGGCGUCUUUCAUCUGGGGUGUCAUUGGCCCUCAACGCCAGUUCUCCGCCGGGCAGCUGUACCACUCGCUCACGUAUUUCUUCCUCCUCGGUGCGCUCCUCCCCGCCGUGUCGUGGCUUGUCUUGUUCAAGUGGCCGAAGAGCCCUAUUCGCUACGUCAACUGGCCCAUCAUCUUCAGCGGUACUGGAUACAUUCCCCCCGCCAGCGCUCUCAACUACGUCCCCUGGGCCAUUACUGGCUUCAUCUUCCAGUACGUCAUCCGGCGUCGUCAUUUCUCUUGGUGGACCAAGUACAACUACGUCCUCUCCGCCGCGCUCGACUCGGGCGUCGCCAUCUCGAUCAUCCUCGUCUUCUUCUGCCUGCAGUACCCGCGCAAUGGCACGAUUGGCGCAAACAACGUCGCCAAGUGGUGGGGGAACAAUGUGUUCCUCAACACUGCCGAUGGGCAGGCACUCCCGCUCCUCGUGUCCCCGACCGGCACGUUCGGGCCGGCGACCUGGUAAAUAUGGGUAUUUGUCAC